AUGGCUGGUCCUGGUGACGAAGACGCAGCUGCGAACAAAGCAGGCAAACCACCCACAGCCGAGCCUGAGGAGCUCCCGCCGCUCGCCGCGCUCUUCCUUAUCCGGUUCGAUCUAAAGGUCGGCUACACAAUCGCUUGGAAGCGCUCAAUCCAUGGCCUUCAGCUUGAGGGUGUAGUCGAGUUCAAGAGCUUGCCUUCAGGCCUUCACAAUGUCAAAGAGGACCUCGUGUACUUUGUCCACCAGCAGUACGCCGGGCUCAGCGCCUUCAUCAACCGGCCAGCAUCGGAGUCGGAGCGCAAUGCGCAUUUGAUCGCUGUUGGAAUCCUAGUGCCAUUGAGCUAUGGAAGACUGGGCAGAAGCUGGCUGCACGCCCAGGACCUGCAGCAGCUGGCAGCACAGCUAGUCGACGAUGUUACCAAGGUUAAGCCUUUGGAGGAGUACUGGGAAGAGCACCGCUCAAGGAGCGAAAAUGGGACAGCGACGUCCAACGCAUUGCCGUCUUUGCCUACGGAACUCAGGUCACAUUCCUCUGCUCAGGCACCCUCCCAGGUCAGAGGCAGAAGCAGAGGGAUGUCCAUCGCCACUACUUCGCCGGGCUCGACGCCAUCGCUACCGCCAACCCAUCCUGCGCUGUCCAUAUUACGCUUCAUAGACGCUUUUGGCCCAUUGAUAUAUCCGUUACACAGAGCCGCACUACUUCGCAAGCGCAUACUUCUCGUUAUUUCGCCGCCGGUUCGACUGGCAUGUGAAUAUGUCUACAUCCUUUCCGUUCUGUCAUCCAUACCUUUAUCUUCCGCCCAUCUUCUUCCCUCCCAUAACGAAUCCUACCACCGCCUGCGCCCCUUCUUCUCCAUCGGCGUCCACGACAUACCACUCUUGCAGGACGAGCUCAAAACCGUCGAAUCUCCCUACCACGUAGAAGACGAUACUCCCUUCGGUUGGGUAGCAUGCACGACCGACGAAGUACUCGCCACAAAGCCGAAUCUCUACGACAUCCUCGUCGAAAUCCCUCCCAUCACAGACCACACUCCCACCGACAAGCGCUGGCCAAAGAUCCGCGACUCAAAAGGAACCGCGAUAAAAGCUACACAGCGCGACGCCCGCCGCUACAAGCUCCUCGCCGACGAACUGGCCCGCUUUCCACGAAACAGCACGGACCGGGAGGAGCCGCGCGACCCCGAGGCCGACACCGACAACGGCGACCGCGCAACCCUCCUUCCGAAAACAAGCAACGAGUCUCCCGCGCCCGAGACCGACACACUCGUUGACGACAGCCUCGUGGAGCCAGUAAGCUGGUCCGCAGUCGCCUACACAAGCUUCAUGUGGUGGGCCUCGGCGGGCGAGGAGGACGUCCUGGCGGCCCAGGAAGCAGAGUGCGACCGAGAACUCGUGUGCGAUGCUUUUGACUUCGAGCUUCGGGCGCAAUCUAGUGGCGAGGGAGUCCCACCAGAACCAUCGGGUGUCUAUGCUGCGCCGCAUGCGUCUGUUAUCGCCUCGUUCCACCGCAUUACUGCGCUCCUUGUUGGCGACUUGGCUGAGAUUAUCGAGGCGGCUGGCGAGGAUGAUGAGGGUGAUAGAGUGGUUGUAACGAGGGAGGAUCUUGUGAAGAUGGGGCUGGAUAUGUGGAGUGAGGCUGAUAAGGCCUUUGUCAGGGAAAUGAUUGCGUUGUAUUUUGAUCGCGACGCCGAGGUAAACGGUGCGAGUGUGGAGUGUUGUGGGGUCAAAAUAUGUUGA